AUGUCGUCCGCGACCAAUUUCUUCGAAUUCGCCCCUAAAGACAAGAAGGGUCAGGAGUACCCUCUCUCGCAGCACAAGGGCAAGGUUGUGCUCGCAGUCAAUACAGCCUCGAAAUGUGGCUUCACACCGCAGUUCCAGGGUCUCGAGAAGGUCUAUAAGGACAUCAAGCAGAAAUACCCGGACGACUUCGUGAUCAUCGGGUUCCCCAGUAACCAAUUCGGCCAACAGGAUCCUGGCAGCAAUGACGAAAUUCAAGAGUUCUGCCAGGUCAACUACGGCGUGUCCUUCCCCGUGCUAGGCAAAACAGAUGUCAACGGCGACAAGUCCGAGCCCGUCUAUGCCUGGAUGAAGAACGAGAAGCCGGGCCUGCUGGGUUUGCAGCGCAUCAAGUGGAAUUUCGAGAAAUUCCUGAUCGGUCGUGACGGCAAGGUUGUCAACAGAUGGGCUAGUACGACCAAGCCAGAGAGCCUUGAGAAGGAAAUCGUCGCAUUAAUCGAGAAGACGAAGAGCAAGUAA